UUGUAAAUGGUUAUUUUUGUAAGGAAUUGUAGCGAAACAGAUCCUUACCUCUCCUUAGAUUUUUGCUAAAAAGAGCAGAAAAACAGACAAGUCUCUUCCAAAAAAUCAUAUUUGCUAAAAAGAAGAAGAAAAAGAGCAUUCCCCCUUUCCCAAAUAUUUCUUUCUUUCUUUCGCCUUGAUUUCCCAUUACUCGUGGGGUCUCAAGAGACCCUGCCCUCUAUACCCCCACCAUUUUCAUCUGUGCCCAUUCUCUCUCUACUUCUCUAAUCUUCUUUCUCUCUCCUUCAUUUCUUCCCCCUUGCUUUAUUUUUUCUCUUCUUUGAUGUGGUGGGUUGUUACAGAACCCUCCUUUGCCUUUAGCCAAUGUAAACUUCAAAGUGGAAAAUAAUAAAUUAAAAGAGAAAGAGAGAAUAUUAAUUUUUUGUUUGUUUGUAUUUGUGAUUUCUUCUUGGAGACAAUCUCAAACCUCUCUUAACAUAAUAAUAAUAAUAAUAAUGAUAAUUACUGAUAAUUCCAAGUGAUUCACAGGAAUCCAAAAGAUUGGUGUUUCUUUUGGUCAUAAUUAGAAGAUGAAUUGUUUCCCUUGUUUUCAAUCGCAAAAGAGUAGAAAAUCCGCAAGCAAAAGGGACAUUGCCUCCCCUCCCUCGGAGCCUGUUGAGGCUGAGCCAAAGAAACAAAAACCAGGAGAUGAGGGAGGAGGAGGAGGAGGAGGAGCAGGAGGACCAUCCAAUGGUGGUGUGGCUCAAACAUUCACCUUUCGCGAGCUCGCCACCGCCACCAAGAACUUCCGACAGGAAUGCCUCCUAGGAGAAGGUGGGUUCGGACGAGUCUAUAAGGGCACACUUGCUUCCAAUGGCCAGGUGGUGGCUGUGAAGCAGCUUGACAAGCAUUCCCAAGGAAGCAAAGACUUUGUGACGGAGGUGAACGUCAUUAGUGUCCUCAAGCAUCAAAACCUAGUCCAGUUGAUAGGGUAUUGUGCCGAUGGAGAUCAAAGACUCUUGGUGUUUGAAUAUAUACCUAAUGGAUCCCUCGAAACUCACCUCCUUGAGAUGACACCAGAGAAGGAACCGAUGGAUUGGAUAACAAGACUAAAGAUAGCAUACGGAACCGCGGAAGGUUUGGACUACUUGCACCUUCAAGCAAAUCCUCCGGUCAUUUAUAGAGACUUGAAGCCUUCCAACAUUUUGUUGGAUGAUGCUUUCAAUCCCAAGCUCUCAGAUUUUGUAUCGGUAAGCUUUGGCCCUGAGGGAGACAGCAAGCUCCCAAUUCAGUCCAGAGCAAUGGGCACGUAUGGUUAUUCAGCCCCCGAAUACUCUAGGAACGGGCAACUCACCUCCAAAUCUGAUGUCUAUAGCUUUGGAGUCAUUCUAUUGGAGCUCAUCACUGGGCGCAGAGCCAUUGAUACCACCAGACCAAAUGACGAGCAAAACCUUGUUCAAUGGGCCCAACCGAUAUUCAGAGACCCGAAGCGUUUCCCAGACAUGGCAGACCCACUAUUGAGGAAGCAAUUCCCAGAGAAAGAUUUGAACCAAGCCGUUGCAAUUGCAGCCAUGUGUCUGCAAGAGGAGCCUGGAGCGCGCCCCCUAAUGAGUGACGUGGUUAUGACUCUAAGUUUCCUCUCCACAAAUCCGUCUGAUAUCCCUCCGCCCUCCACUCCUCCUCCAGUGGAAGAGAAAUCAAGCAGAGAAAGCUCUGACGAUAGUGGAAGCGACUCUGAAGAUGAUGAUGAGUACCACCACGCCGGUCAAAGAUCAAAAAGGCAUGGCAGACGAGAUGGAUCAGGAGAAGAAGACGAUGAAGAAGAGGAAGAGGAAUAUGGGAGUUCAGAAUUUAGUGACACCAGUGAUUACGACGAGGAGGAAGGAGAUAAACACGUCAGCUCUGCCGAUGAAGGCGGCAAUGGAGCCAGCAAGAGGAGUACGGGCAAGUCUUUGGAUGCUUCGUGUCGGAAGAGCAGCAAGAGAGUUAAGGACAAAAGUGUCUCACUCCAUGGCAGCAGCCGAAAAGGCAGCAAAAAAGUGAAAGGGAAGCACAAGGUGUCGUCGGCGAGUGGUCGGAAAAAAAAUGUUGGCGACGAUGAUUCUCGAUUGAGGCAUCAGAGCAGCGGUAGCUCAAGCGACCGAUGUAGUAGCAGAAGCAGCAUGAGAUCGCAAAGUGGAAGAUAAACUAAGAUUUGAUUAAUUAAUUACUUUCAAAACAAACAGCCGAGCUCAAGUGGUCUCUUAACUUUCUCUUCCUGGCUGGCUGGAGAAAUGAAGAAUGGGGAAAUGAGAUUAAAAUUGAUUUUGCACAGAUAAAUAUGUGAUUAACUCUAUAUAUGAAAUUAUAUAAAAAAUGGGGAUCAUUUUUUGCUUCUUUCGUUACUUUGUGAUGCCAUUUCGAGAGAGAUUUUACAACGUAGAUGUGGAGUUGUGAGAACGGCUAAAGAGGCAAAAGGGGAAAAACUGAAAAUGAUGAUGGAGGAGAAAGAAGAAAAAAAGAUUGUCUAGCAGGAAAGCUCAAACUGGAAUGGAAUGUAUUCAUAUUAAGGUUUUUAGAUUCAAGAUAGCUUAAUUUUCAUCUCCAUUUACUUUUCACAAUUUAUUUUAUUCUUUUAGAUGGUUUUGUAUCGCAAGGUUCGAAUACAAGUUUUGGUAGAGUUUUCAUUCUCAUAUUAUCACUAGG